AACCGACUAAAAUGUGCGCACUUCUAUGCUAAACUUGUCGAAGAUUAAUAUACGCAUAAAAUGUUAUUUUAGACGACAGUUCAUAGGUUAUCCAAAAUGGACAGCCUCAAAGGGCGAACACCGAGCCGAUUCAUCAAAAUCGAAUCAACGGAAGACAACCACCACCUAUAAAUAUUCCCAUGACUGUCUCGGAACAAUUCCGAGAAUCAUGGUUAACUGCUAUCAUCGGGCUUAUCAUGUUCGCAAUUGGCAUGUGCCUCUUGUUUUGGAACGAGGGAAGAGCAGUAAAAGUAGCACAUUCUCUUGAUGAGGCUUUGCGCGAUGUAGCUGUACUACCAAAUGCAGUCAAACUGCUGCCUGAGUUUGAGGGCCGUUUAAUACAUUUGUCAGGCCCAUUAAAGAUAUCUGAACCAUUAACCGAACCUGAUUAUGGAGUAAUUGUAUCCAGUGUAAAAUUAAAGCGCAGAGUGCAAAUGUAUCAAUGGGUAGAAAUUGAGGAGGAGAAAAGUUUUGGAGGAGUAACAGAAGAAGACAAGCACUAUUAUUAUACUACAGAAUGGAAGGACAAGAUUAUAGAUUCCGAUCAGUUCUAUAUUAGAACCGGCCAUCAUAAUCCAAAGGAAAUCCCUAUCAAGAGUCAAGUGCAAAUUGCAAGUGAAGUUAAAAUCGGUGCAUUUACUCUUGGAACAGAAUUGAAAAAGAAGUUCAAUGAUUUCAUGGAAGUAACUAGCGACGAGAGGCCUGAACGUAAAGAUAUAAAAAUGCACUCCGGUCUAUACUAUCAUAGUGCUAAUUUGUGGGAACCUGAGGUGGGUGACAUACGAAUACAAUUCUCCCAUGCAGGGAAGGCGGGAGAUAUAUACUCUAUAAUUGGCAUGCUAGAAAAGGGAACUGUUGUACCUUAUGUUACAUCCCAUGGGGAAGAAAUUUUACUUCAAAGGAAGCACAAGAUGACGGUAGAUCAAAUGUUUCAUUUAGAACACGUGCAUAAUUACUGGCGUACUUGGAGCAUUAGAGGACUUGGGUGGUUAGUCUUAUUUUUGGCAGCAACGUGCUUAGCAAAUAUAUUGAGGACAGUGAUUUUAAAUUCGACAUUUUUAUGUGGAAUUAUUGCAGUCGAAUCUUUAACGAUGUCUGUAUCGAUGUCUAUCAGUUUAUUAGUAAUCGGCUUUGCUUGGGUAUGGUAUCGACCUGUAAUAGGUCUUUGUCUGGCAUUGGCAUCAAUUUUACCAUUUAUUUAUUCGACGUUGACGUCAGGAUCUCAAUCACAACAACGCGAUAGUUAUAGAAGAUUAUGAAUCUUCAAUUCUUCUCUUAAUAAAUAUAUGCAUCUUUUGUAUAUUACUUGUUUUACAUAAUGUAACGUAAAGUAUUAUCACAACUAGUCUUGUGCAGAAUAUCCUUAAUGUGCGUACGACAAAAGCAUUAUUAAUCAUUUUUCAGUGUAGACAAUAAUAAAAUAUUUUGUAAAUAAA